AUUUCUUUCAUCUCCUGCAGUUCUUGUCUGCUCUUCUCCUUUGCCCUCAGUUCUGCAAGUUAUGGUGAUGGCACCACCUACUGCCAAAAGAAGGAUGUCUUUGUCCCAGAUCCAGAGCCUGAGAACGGGAGCUGUGCUGGAGGACUGCUCAGACCAGCUGGACAUACUGGGACACAUUAUGACAGUGCAGAUCAGCAGGGUGCAGGACACUGAAGCUGCACAGGAGAUAGCCAAGCUGACCAAGCUGAGGAGGGACUGUCAAUAUGUCAAGCAACAGAUUUUCAAGCUGCAGUCGGGGCUGGAGGAGAGGCAUAGUUUCACAUCUCUGCUUCAGGUGGUGGAGGAAGAGGAGCAGAGGAAGAAGGCUGAGAAAAUGCGAAGAGAGGGAAAGAGGGAGCUGGAGCAAAAAAAACUAACUCUACAGAGACAACAAAAGGAGCUCCAACAGAAAAUAGAGAAAAAUGAGGACUUGUGCCGGCACAAUGCAGGCCUAAGGCGUCAGCUGGAUGAGGAGUCGUUACAGGCUGCUAACUGGAGGCAGAUUGUGGAGAAAGAUGCUGAGCUGCAGCUCCAACAGGCACAGAAGAGGAAGAUCAAGGCUGAGAAGGUGCUGGAGGAGCAGCUGGAGGAGCAGCUGGAGAUGCUGCAGAAACAGCAGAGGGAGGAUAUGAGAGUUCACGAGAGGUUAAACAAUUACCAGCAACGUCAAAACCAGAGCUUGCAGCAGCAGCUGCAGCAGAUGCAGCAGCGCACAGAGCUGAUGCUGCAGGACAAGCAGGGGCAGCUGAACAACGUGUGCCGCAAAAGAACAGUGUACUUGGACAAACUGUCAGAGAUGAGGAGGAUGUUCAGGGAGAUGGAGGAGGUGGUGAUGGAGGACAGGCUGGAGCAGGAGAAACUGCUCCAACAGGAGGUAGAGGACAAAGCUGCUACUAAGAUUCAGGCCUGGUGGAGAGGCUGCAUGGUCCGCAGAGGCCUUGGCAGUUUUAAAAAAGCAGAGAAAGGCAAGAAAGGCAAGAAAGGCAAGAAAGGCAAGAAGAACAAAUAAGGAAAAACGAAGAAAUAGUUAUAUUAAACAUUUAUUUUUGCUAAUUUCAAACCUGUAACAAAUAAAAACAUUCAGUGGUACACUAGAACAUAUCAACAUCAUAUCAUCAUUACUGUAUAAGAAAGUACCAACAGGCACAAUGGUAGCAUAUUGAUUCACAGUCCUGAGUACAGACUUUUUGUUAGUGUAUAACCUGAGCAAGAUCAAACACUUUUUAUUACAUAAAUAAUAUCAAACAUAAAAAUGCAAGAAAUCAAAACAAAAAAAACUACUAAGUAGUCGACUGUUAAUGACCAUAGGUCAUACAUUUUAUCGUCAACACCUUUAUCAUGAUAUGAUAAGGAUUUAGUCACAGUAUUUCAAUACUAUUUAUCAAUGCAGUUACACAUUAUAAAAUAAAUUAAGUACAUUAGGUCACAAAGAGAUGACUCAUUAGAACUAUGUGGGAAAUUAAGAAGUGAAAUUUCCCACUGCUCUCAGUUUAAUGUCCUUGUGUCCGACAGAGGAGCAGAAUAUCUGAUAUUACAAAACAGGAAGAGGAUUAUUUAAUAAUUAUGCUUGGGGGAGCUGAUGUUUGUGCGAACCAGCCGCCUUACAACACUUGGACAUCUGCUUUGACUCUUUCAAGUCACAUCAAAACCAGAGCAAAGACUUCGUGCUGGAUCCUUACACUGAUGUCACUCUAAAUGGAAAUGUAAUGUAUUGUAAUGUUUGUCGGUUUAUCGAUUCCUCUAUCUAACAGAAAAUAUGAAAACAAUACAUGACAAAUUUUGUCAAAUGUUAUUUUGUUCUAAAAAAAGGCUGAAAAUG